CCGGGUCUCCCGACAAAGAGCGCGAGUUCCCAGGGCUGAGCCCCGGCGCCGGGGACCCGGCCGCGGCCCAGAGAGCCCUCUCCUCGGCGGCCUGCUCGUCUCUGCCGAGCGCUGGGGACAAGGUCCACCCAGCGAGCGCGCCGGCGGCGCGGGGCGUGGGCUGGGCCUCCGGACGUAGGGUCCCCGGGGCGGGGCUCCCCGUGUCCGCUUGUCGUGCACUGUCCAGCCGGAGUCCGUCAGUGUCACACGCUCGGGCCCGAGAUGACGGCGAGCAAGCGAGUGGCGAAGGAGCUGGAAGAUCUUCAGAAGAAGCCUCCUCAAUACCUGCGGAACCUGUUCAGCGAUGAUGCCAAUGUCCUGGUGUGGCAUGCUCUCCUCCUGCCCGACCAACCUCCCUACCACCUUAAGGCCUUCAACCUGCGCAUCAGCUUCCCUGAGGAGUAUCCGUUCAAGCCCCCCAAGGUAAAUUUCACAACCAAGAUCUACCACCCCAACGUGGACGAGAAUGGCCAGGUUUGCCUGCCCAUCAUCAGCAACGAGAACUGGAAGCCUUGCACCAAGACCUGCCAAGUCUUGGAGGCCCUCAACAUGCUGGUGAAUAAGCCGAACCUGGGGGAGCCCCUGCGGGUGGAACUCGCCGACCUGCUGACGCAGAAUCCAGAGCUGUUCCGAAGGAACGCGGAGGAGUUCACCCUCCGAUUUGGAGUGGACCGGCCCAAAUAACUUGGUUCUGACCCCUCACUGCGCUGGAUCUUCUGCAUGGUGGAUGGACACACCUCGUGGACUGGGGCGAGAGCCCCUUUAUGGCCCCUUCCCUGUGCAUUUUUCCUCCUUGGGUUGUUAAUCGUGAGUUUGUGUGUGUGUGUGUGUGUGUGUGUGGCGGAGGGAGGGGGCCAUGGGUACGUGUGUUGUAGGUGGACUCACUCCCAGGCUCACCUGGCUACAGGUGCACCCUCCCACCCCUCUUGCCUUCCCUAGAGCCAGGGGAGUUAGGUUUGCAGAGGUACAGGCCGUUCCCCAGCUGCCCAUCUUAGAGGGGCCCUCAGGCCAGCUUGCUGGGGAUGCAGCCCAGCAGGCAAGCAGAAUCCCCCCAGGCCCAGGCAUUGAGGGGCCGGGGGCAGUGGGGAAAUCUUAGUGGGGGAGGCACCUGGAGGGUCCCAUGUUGACCAUGUGAUUAAAAUCAGCCCAACGACUGCUAGGCGUGUUCAGAUUUAGGUGCUAAACCUUUUAUUCUCCACUGAUGAAUCAUAGUGUGAAGAAUCUAACUUCCAUCCCAGAACUCUGACUAUAUGUUUCGAAACCACUCGCUUUCUCUCCCUUUGGGUCGCCAGUUCCUAAGGACCACGCCUCAGGCUGUGAGGUGUAUGCAUCCAUUCCAGGGUUGGGGGGGCCCACAAACCAUGUGCUUGCCUGCCAUUAAAGUCACAGGUGAAUCCCAGAGUUCAGCGGA